UUAAUACAUUACACUUUACAUGUUUUAAAUUAAAACGAAAUUUUUCAUUCUUUAAAUGCCAUUUUGUGGAUAAUCUAUUUUUAAAUUUUUACUAAUUAAAUCCAAAAUGAAUUCAUUAAGAAAAAUACAAAGUGUUAUUAUGAGACUAGGAAAUCGUUAUUAUAAUAAAGUUGGAAUUAUUGGAGUACCAUUCGAAAAAGGCCAGCAUAAGAGAGGUGUAGCACAAGGUCCAGAAGUAAUUAGAGAAGCUGGAUUAAUAAAAGAAUUAGAAUUAUUAGGAUUAGAUGUGAAAGAUUAUGGCGAUAUUUUAUAUGAAGCAAAAAAUGUAACUGAAGUAGAUAACAUGACACACUUAGGUGAUGUUGCUGGUUGUACAAGCAAAUUAUCUGAACAAUUUCAACAAGUUUUGAAGAAAGAUCAAAAAGUAUUAACCAUCGGUGGUGAUCAUAGUGUAGGAAUUGGAACUAUAGAUGGUCAUGUUAAGGAACAGGAUUACACACCAAAAGCUUUUACAGAGAAAGCAAUUGCAAAGAUUGCAGAUAUUACUGGUUUACCAUUUCUACCUGUUGCUAAUAAGUUUGAAGCUUUAAUAUUUAGAGAUACCAUACUGGAAACACAUGAAGCAUUUAAUACAGAGAAAUCUCUUUCUGAAAAUGAGUCAGCAAGUUCUAUAAUGACUGGUAAAGUUAAUCUGAUGCAGUAUGUGCAAGAUUAUCAGGUGAUGCCUCUGCAUCAUGCACAAAGAAUUAUUGGUCUUAAAGCAAAUGAAGAACGUAUUAAAAAACGUAUUAGUUUAAUGCUUGUCACUGUUUUAACUCCACAUAUUGGUUAUGAUAAGUCUGCUAAAAUUGCAAAGCAAGCUGAUGCAGAAAAUACCACAUUAAAAGAAUCAGCAGAGAAAAAUGGUAUAAGUCCAGAACAAUAUGAAUGGGUGAAACCUGAAGAAAUGAUUGAAUCUAUUUUUAAAUUUUUAUUAAUUAAAUCCAAAAUGAAUUCAUUAAGAAAAAUACAAAGUGUUAUUAUUAGACUAGGAAAUCGUUAUUACAAAAAAGUUGGAAUUAUUGGAGUACCAUUCGAAAAAGGCCAGCAUAAGAAAGGUGUAGCACAAGGUCCAAAAGUAAUUAGAGAAGCUGGAUUAAUAAAAGAAUUAGAAUUAUUAGGAUUAGAUGUGAAAGAUUAUGGCGAUAUUUUAUAUGAAGCAAAAAAAGUAACUGAAAUAGAUAACAUGACACACUUAGGUGAUGUUGCUGGUUGUACAAGCAAAUUAUCUGAACAAUUUCAACAAGUUUUGAAGAAAGAUCAAAAAGUAUUAACCAUUGGUGGUGAUCAUAGUAUAGGAAUUGGAACUGUAGAUGGUCAUAUUAAGAAAAAAGGAGAUAUAGCUUUAAUAUGGGUUGAUGCUCAUGCAGAUAUAAAUACAAAUAAAACUAGCACUACUGGACAAUAUCAUGAAACGCCUGUAGCAUUAUUAACUUUUACACAAUAUNUGGCCGAUUAUUGGCCACAUCUUCCAGGAAUGGAUUGGCAAAAACCAAUGUUGUCUAUCAGAAAUGUAGCUUACAUUGGAUUAAGAGAACUUAAUAGUUAUGAAAGACUACUUAUUGAAAAAUUUGGAAUUACUGCUUUUGGUAUGGAAGAUGUAGAA